UAACUGUUGAGGAUUUAUCUUCCUUUGCGCAAUAAAUUCUAUUCCCAGUAGGUGACGCUCUCUCCUAGCAAGGAACGCAAUCUGGCUUUUGGGAGGCUUGCACUGACUUGAGCCUAACAAUUCUCAUCUCGUCAUUAUUUGUAACCAUAGAGCAUGAAUUACCUCUUGAAGUCAUCAGUGAGAAUUUACGACUGGUCAACAAAAGCACGUGAUUCCCUAACGCACCCCCACCCCCAUAUUUGGCCGCAUACAUAGCAAAAACGAAGUACAGUGCAUUGCUAUAAUUCAUUAAUACAUCAUAAAUCGUGAAGCACAGCGUUAUAACGACCAAGAUCUACAAAUCAAGCCCUCUAAAAUAACCUAAAUGAGCUCUUACUUUGUAAACUCGUUCUCAGGGCGCUAUCCAAAUGGCCCCGACUAUCAGUUGUUAAAUUAUGGAACUAGUAACAGCGCUAUGAACGGUUCUUACAGGGAUACCAGCACCAUGCAUUCGGGCUCAUACGGCUACAACUACAAUGGAAUGGACCUUAGCGUCAACCGUUCAACCUCUUCGAACCACUUUGGGGUUGUCGGGGAAAACUCCCGAGGUUUCCAAUCUCCGACACAAGAGAGCAGGUUCAGACAGCCUUCCAGCUGCUCGCUCUCGUCUCCCGAGUCCUUGCCCUGCUCCAACAGCAGCGAGACUCACGGAGCCAAAAGCUCUUCGUCCCCAUCUGAUCAGACGGCGACUACAGCCAGCGCAAGCACCACUACUAGCAACAACAACAGUAACAGCAGCAGCACACAUUUCACAGAGCUAGACGAGACCGGCGUUUCUUCAGAGCCCGAAGAAGGCACUCACAGACCAAGUAACAACAUUACCAGGGUGCAACCAGAAGCGACUGCAACCUCGGCAACCUCAACAACCGAUGGACAAGCGCCUCAGAUAUUUCCGUGGAUGAGGAAACUGCAUAUUAGCCAUGAUAUGACUGGACCAGACGGGAAAAGGGCCAGAACAGCUUACACCCGCUACCAGACGCUAGAAUUGGAGAAAGAGUUUCAUUUCAAUAGAUAUUUAACCCGAAGAAGGCGGAUUGAGAUUGCUCAUGCCUUGUGCCUCUCUGAAAGACAAAUCAAGAUCUGGUUCCAGAACAGAAGGAUGAAAUGGAAGAAGGACAAUAAACUAAAAAGUAUGAGUUUGGCAACCGCAGGCAGCGCAUUUCAACCGUAGAUCUAAAAAAAAAAAAAUGUGUGUGUGUGUGUGGAGCGUU